GCGCACGCGCAGUGCGGCGCGGCCCGUUAGGGGUCCGGCCCUUUGCCUGACUGGAAGCGGCCGUCAGCCUCAACGUGACCGCGAUGGACAUCCGAGGAAGAGAUGCUUUAGCAUCGAGUGCUGAAUUUCGCCGGAGUUUUUAGCAUUUGUUUGUUUUCUGUCCCGCUCCUUUGGCGGCUUCGCAGGCCUACGGCUCGCAGGCGCUGGUGGCGGGUCUCCGCGAGGCGGCGGGCCUUCUCACGUUGAGGCGUCGCGAAAAGCUGCGUGGGGCCCUUCCGCGCGCUAAGCGCCGCAGCCGGUGGGCCGUCGGGAGCACGCGUGCCGGUGCCCGUGCCGGUGCCCGUCCCGUCCCUCACUCCCCACGAUGUAUUACAAGUUCAGCGGCGUCACGCAGAGGCUGAUCGGGGCCGCGGCCGCCGCCGCGUACAACCCACAGGGACUCAAACCAAUAGUUUCCACUGAAUCCCCACCUCUGAUUUUUGGGACAACAAGUAAACUUGCUUCAGAUUUACCAGCAACUGAAUCUUUCUUGGGUAAAAACAAGGUGCCAGACCUACAGAAACUUUUUCAGAAAGCAGAUGGGCUGCCAGUACACCUGAAACGAGGAGUUCCAGAUAAGCUGCUUUAUCGGACCACUAUGGCUCUAACAAUAGGCGGGACUAUCUACUGUCUAAUAGCACUGUACAUGGCCUCACAACCAAGAAACCAGAAAUAAAUGAAGCACAACUCAUGGGACUCGUGACACUUCUCUGAAGGACCUCCUGCCUGUAUCUCUUUGCACUUGCUUUAACUCUGUGAUCAUAUAAGGUUCACUAUUCAGAUGAAAUUUCUUGAAGAAAAUAUUUUAAAAUUGAUUGCCUUAUGUGUUCUAGAAAUCAGUAUAAACAGACUUAAAGACAUCAUUUUGACA